UCAUUAUGAAAAUCUAUACGUAUAUUUGUAUGUACAUGUGCGAUGAAUGUUUGGUAUGCAAGUUGAAGUAGACACAGAAUGUUGUUAUGUGGCAAGUUGCUACAGCAACAACCAGACGCCGAGAGCUCCCUAGCUAAUGCAAAAGAGCGCACGCCCUGUGCCCCAUCCAGAUCCAGCCGGAACUCGUGGAAUGCGGCUUAGCAAGUUGAAGCUACCGCUGCCGCUGCUUGUGGCACACCAACACGCGCUCUGUUUGCCUAUACCUGGGACACACACACGCACACACACGCGCACACAGCUACAAUUGCAGAUGUGCAACAUAGACAGAGCGCCGAUCAGGUUCAGGUUAUUUGCUUGUCGCACAGUGCAUCAACAUUCAUUUAAUUUUGUUUUAUUUUUUGACUUUGAGUUGCAUUUGGUAAAUAAUUGCAAUUGUUAACAGUCAAAUCGUUAACCAUCUAAACGGUCACACUUGCAGUUAUGUAUAUUCGAACGAUCUGGCACGUUUGCACCGUCACAGUAUGCUGCCAAGCAAGUGGCGCAUGUGUACCACGGUGCGGCGGUGCUGUUUGUUAUUUAAGCGUCAGCCUUGCGUUCGCUCUAUCUCUCGCCCAGUGUCUGUGUGCGCGUGUGACUGUGCGUAUGUGUGUGUGUGUGCGUUGCCCUGUUAACUGGUUAUGCGAAUAGUGGACGCAGCAGCCCCUGCGGCUAGAACCAACGGCUGAUGCCAACUGCGGAGCUGGCAACGCCGACUGAUAGUCGUUCUUUGUCACUUGAUCGCUCUCAUCGUUCACUUGUCGCACGCACACAUACACUCACUCGCUCUCUCUCACACACACACACACAGAGACAGCGAUGGCAGCCAGACUCUCCGCUUGGCCGUUUUGUUUUGCUCUGGCGUCCAGUUGCUGCUCGUGCCUCAAACCCGCCGCGUCGCGCUUCGUAACAACGUCUCUUGGCCAGAAAAAUGCCGCUGCUGUGGCCCAGCUUGGCCUAGACCCGUUCAUCGAUAUACAUUUUCAUUUCAACAUAUUAAGUUUUUGGCAUUUAUUUUUUUUAAUUAACUUAGCCAUGGCUAUGCAAAUGUCACAGGCGCCGCACGGAAAUUAAAGCAAGAAAAAGGCCAACAACAAAAAUAUAUAACAAAACUAACAAAAAGUUGCAUAGACACCGCGGCACAAGGCAAUCAUUAUGUGAACCACCCGUGGAACUGCGAGACAGACUUACCCAGGCAGCAGCAGCAGGAGCAGGAGCAGGAUCAGUUGCAGGUGUCAUCGGCAGCAAAACAUAGCAGUUGGAGGAGGAAGAAGCAGAGCAAGGCAGGGCCUAACUGGCUGGACAGGAAAUGCUGAAGCACGCCUCGAAUGCGAGCACGGCAACUGCCGCGGCGCCCGUCAACGGCCAGCUGCUGCGCACGGCCAACGGCGGCAGCAACAGCAACAACAACAACAACAACAACAAUAGCAGCAGCAGCGCAGCAGCAGCGGCAGCGGCGGGCGCUUCACCAACACCGGCAGCAGCUGCCGUUGCGAGCACCGCACGCAAUAUACACCUGCGACCGCCGCAGCCGCUCAACAUAACCGCGCUGAAUGCGUCCGCGUGCAGCGCAACGCUGCUGAACGGUGCGUUGCGUGCGGGCGGGGGCGGUGGUUCGACGCUGCUGAAUAUUGCAACGGCGCCGAUGAAACCGUUAACGCCGCUGACGCCCAACGGUAAUUGCAACGGUAAUAGUUUGCAUCAUCACACGUAUACGAACCAGCAUAUGUUGGCCAGCAGCAGCAGCCAUCAGCAGCAGCAGCAGCAUCCACUGCACAACAACAACAACAACAGCAAUAUGAACAACAAUAACAACAAUAUGCACAAUUAUAGCCACUGCAACAAUUUGGGCAUUAAUCCAAAUUCUGUGCUGCAGGCGAGCGUCAAGCCCACAAAACAUGGCCCGGGACCGCGCGAAGUGCUGACCAGUCUGGGUCUGCUCUGUUUGGUUUCCCUGCUGUUGGCGCUGCUCUCGCUGAUCUUUCUGCUAAAGAUCUCGCCGAACAGCCGCGAGGAUGCACUGACGCGCAGCAUCAGCAGCGAGGAUUUCAUCAUUGUCUACGAUGUGACCCUGGCACUGUGCGCCUUGUCGCUCUCCCUGAAUCUCUGCUGCCUGCUCGUUUGCGCCAUACAAUUUCUGUUUGCCGUCAAGCUGUUGCGCUCACCCAUGUUCGAUGGCCGGGACAACAAGUAUCUGGAAAAGUCGAGUGCGAGCCGUACGUGCGCUGUCAGCGGCUUUUUCAUCUCCAUACCCGUCUUUCUGACCGGCAUCAUAUUGUAUACGUUCAAUCAUUUCCAUUCGACGCCGGCGAUCAUCACGAGCGUCCUCAUCGGCGUGGGCAUUGUCUUCUGCGGCGGCGCCAUGGUCCACAACGUGUUCGUCUGGCAAAAGGAGAAGACAAUCAGCUACCGGAGUCCGCCGUUGCCGCUGAACAUGUCACUGCUCUCAACGGCGACGACGCAGCUGCCGCCAGUUCAGCUAUUUAACAAUGCCGGCUGCCAGCCGGUGAUGCCGCUCUAUGGACAACAGAAUCAUCAUUCCAUGCUGCAGCAUCAUCCCACAUCGGUGACGCCCGUUUCGCCCAAUCAUUCGCACGGCAGCUUCAAUCCGCUGCUGUGCGCUGCCAGCGCCAAUAACAAUAAUAAUAAUAAUGGUAUCGGUGGCAUCAUCAAUUCGCCGUUCCUGGUGCGCCCGGCGACGGCAACGCCGCCAACACCCAAACCGAUUGCCAUUGCUGCCAAUGGUAGCUGCCUGAUGGGACGCGAGGCCAGCGGAUCGGUCAGUCCAGGCAUACCGCCGACGCUGGACAUGAGCAACAUAACAAUUUCGCUGCAUGAGCUGUCCACGUUGGUCUAGACGCGAAAUCCAUGCCAGUCCCAGUGCCCCCCACAAAUACAAAUAAGCGAUAAGCAUAGCCGUUAAAUUUAAAUGUAUAAGUAUCUGUGUAGCUGUAGACGACAUCCACCGUAAAGUGUUUAGCUUUAAUGAUGUCCCACUUGCCUGCCGCCCUGUUGCCGUUUAUGUUUUAAACUGUUGUAUAUAUUUGUAUAUAGCUAUAAAGAAA